AUGUCACGUUCAAAUAUUCCUAGACAAUUACCACGUAGAUAUUAACAAUUAUUAUAUUUCAGCUUUAUAAUAAAAGAGAGUAGGGGAAGGUGAAAUGCCAUUUGGAGGAUAAUAAUAAAUAUCAUAGCCAGCAGAGAAAAAGGUUGAUUUUGCGAAUUCAAAUUUUGAGCAGAAUGAUGAAUAAUAAGACAAUGAGGAAGAAGUAAUUAUUAGAGUAUUAAGGAUUUAAGAAAUUGUAACCUGCACCCAAUCAUGAUAGUGGUAUGACAUAUACUAAUUUCAUGAAUGAUGAUAUAAUUUAUAAUUGUUACUCUUUAGGAGAUCGAAUUGGAGCAAGAAUAAAUAGAUUACUUUAAUGUGAUCCACCAAGACUUACUUUUGUUGAUCGAUUGAAUAAGUUGGAAUAUGAUUAAAUAGUUAAUCCAUUUUCAUUGAGUGAGAAGGAUAAAGCUCAAAUUACACCUGAUCGAGUAUUGUAUCUCAAUUAUAUUGUAGACUGUAGUUGUGAAGAUUAUUGGUACAUCAUAAUUAUAAAUGGAUACGAAUAUUUAACAUCCCUUUAUAAGGAUGCAUGUGAUCAAUAUUAAGAAUGGAUGUUAUUUGUAUAAACCAAAAAGUGAGGAUAAUUAACCAAGAGAGUUUACUAAUGCAGUGUACAAUUAUGAAAGUAAUUGCAUUACAAAUAUAUUGGAUGGGGAGAGGGAGAGAGUUACUUGUGAAUUAGAGUUGCUUACUGCUUUUUCGACGAAUUUCUGUGAUAUGCGUAUGGCUACCAAUAGUAGAGCAUAAUGGAAUGAAGAAAUAUUGAUUAAUAUUCCAGCAGAUGAAUUCUAUAAAUCAGAUACAAUAAUAUUAUUUGAACUUUUGGAUUUUCAUCCUAUUUAUUUAUAAUAACAUAAUAGUGAAUUUUUGGAUUCAGAUAACUUCUAUAGAAUUGCUUGGGGUUAUACAAGACCAAAUGGAUUAUGUAGAUUACAUUUGGGAAUAAGCAAAAUAUAACUAUACAAGUAUUUGUUUGAUACAAAUAAAUUGAAAUCAGUAAGUAGAAGAGAAUCAAUUCCAUUGGUGUAUUUCGAUUUUCUUUGGCUUGAUAAAGUUGAAUAUGAUGCAGUUUUAAAUGUUUAUUUAGGUACUGAACCUAAACCAUAAUUCAUUGAGAUUUAUGGUAAGAGUCAUAGUAACAAUGUUUUUGAGAUAGAAAAAGGAGAUGAAGAAGCAAGAGAAAAAGUGAAACAUUCUGUUGUCAUGGAUAAGAUAAUUGAAUAAAGAAUAGAAGAAAUUACAGAUUAAGAGAAAAUUAAUUUAAGAAGACGUCGUUAUCUUGGAGACAAAGAAGAUCAUAUACCAGAUAAAAUAGCUUAUAAAUUUGCAAGUGCUCCUAUGGGAUGUUAUAGAUUAGCUUUUAAUAAAUAUGGUAAUUAUUUGGCAUGUGCAUGUACUUAUAAAAAUUCAAAAACUAUUAUAAAAUUAUUUGAUGUUGAAACUGGAUAACAUUUUACAACAUAUAAAGGUCAUAGAAAUAUUAUUCAUGAUUUAUAAUUUUCAUAGAAUUCUUAAUAUUUAAUUACAGUAUCAAGUGAUUAUACAGCUAAAGUUUGGAGUGUACCUCAACAUUCAGGAGAUAUUGUGAGUGAAGAAGAAUCAGAUUUAUUAUUAAUUUGUACUCUUCAACAUGCAUCUUUUGUUUAUGCUGGCUUAUUUUUAAUGGAUAGUAAAAUGCCUGUUGUGGCUACUUGUUGUUUUGAUAGUAGAAUGCGUAUAUGGCAAUUUGAAUCAAAUCAAUAAUUAUAAAUUAUAGAUGAACCUAUUCAAUAAGAAAUUAUAUCACAUGAUGGCAUAUCCUUUGAUCAAUUUGAAAAUUUAGGCAAUCAUAGACAUCCUAAUUGUUUAGUAUAUGAUGGUGCCAAAUGUUUAUAUGUUGGAGAUUCAUUGGGAAAUAUACAUUUUUUUGAUAUCAAUCUCUCUGGUGGUAGUUAUAUAGCUAGGAGAUUGAGUUUAAUAGUCAUUCAAGAAAUUAGUGGAAAUCCAAUUAAUUAAAUUUAAUUGAUGCCUCCUGAAUGUCAAGAUCUCUUGAUUCAUACAAGAGACAAUUGUAUUCGUAUUGUUGAUUUUAAAUCUGGUGAUGGCAAAUUUCAUGAUCAUGAAGUUAUAAAUGGUUCUGUCAAUAAUCGUUUCUUUGGAUCUCAAUCUGUUAAAAUUGCUUGUCGUAGUGUCUCAAGUCCAAAAGGAGAUUAUGUUUUAUCAGGUAGUGAAGAUGGUAAACCUCAUCUAUGGAGUAAUUUAACAUAAACCUUACCUACUGAUAUAUUUUAAUUUAAUGUUAUUGGUCCUGUUGCUGAUGUUGCUUGGAAUAUAGGAUAUCAUAUGAUUGCUAUUGCUGGCUUUGGAGAUGAACAUCCUAUUCUUGUCUAUGUUUGGGAAAGAGAGGGAGAUCUCAAUUUUAUUGAAGCCAAAAAAUUACAAGAUGAAAUCAAAAUCAAACAUAGAGAAUAAGAAGAUAUUGUAUUUAAUAUCUAAACUAAAUAAACUCUCAGUCGUUUUUAAUAAUCCAUUUAAGCAUAAGGUCUAUUUUAACCAUAAUUUGCUUAAUCAUCCUAAAUUCCUUUUUAACCUUAAUCAAUAUUUAAUUAAUAAUAACCUGCCAAUUAAUCAAAAGCUAAUACUCAAACUGGACCAUUUGGAUAAUCAGGUCCUUUUGGAUAAUCAUAGUAAUAAUAAGGACCUUUUGGAUAACCUUAAUAAUAAUAAUAAUAAGGACCUUUUGGAUAAUCAUAAUAAUAAGGACCUUUUGGUUAAUAAUAAUAAUAAUAAUAAUAAUAAUAAUAAUAAUAAUAAUAAUAAGGACCUUUUGGUUAAUAAUAAAUACCUUAUGGAUAAUAGUAACCUUCCUAAAAUUCUGGUCCUUUUGAAUAAUCUUAAUAAUAAGGUCCUUUUGGAUAAAUGCCUUUUUAAUAAUAAUAAGUACCUCCUAAUAAUCCUAAUACACCUUACAAUGCAAAUUAUCAAAUGCCAUUUUCAUGA